ACCCACCACAGAACGACGAUGGCUGAUGCUAUAGAAAAUGAGUUUCUAAAAUUGUUCAUUGGGAAAAUACGUUCUGAGGUGAUUGCAAAAUUAAAUCCGAGAAACAUAUCUGGAGGGAAGAAACUAAGCACUCAUGGCCAAGAAUAUGCCCAAAUAUACUCAAUGCUUGAGAAUACAUUCAAGCUUCGAGAAGGAAAGUCUGUUAUGAUUAUUGGCCCUCGAGGGAUUGGGAAAACGCUUCUUGUUGAAAAUGCGUUGCAUGAUCUUGAAACCGUCAAACGGUACACUUUCUUCACGGUGAGGUUGAAUGGGUCAUUUUUCAAAGACGAUACUGUUGCGAUCAAAGAGAUUGCCCGCCAAUUGGACUGGUACUUGGAGAAAUACAACCCUUCCGAACGAGAGAACUUGCAAAGGGCCACCUUUGAACAAAAAACUGUAACUAACACCAUGAACGUGAUUAUUGAUAUUCUCGAUCGCACCAGAUUGAACGAAACAGACGAGAGGGUUGAUUCGAAAGAUGAAAAGAACGGUACGAGCGGAACCAAACCGUCGUUAUUUGUGCCUAUCGUCUUUGUCAUCGAUGAAAUUGACAGAUAUACCCAUAGUGCCAAGCAGACUUUGCUUUAUAACCUCUUCGAUAUGGCGCAAUCAUCAUCAUCCAGAACAGAAGAAGGCGGAGAUACGAAGUCCUCAGGAGGAACCACGAUCAGUGUUAUUGGGAUUACUACGAAGACGACGGUGAGGGAGCAGUUAGAGAAGAGAGUGAAAAGCAGGUUCAGCCAGCGAAUCAUCCAGUUCAACAAGGUGCGAGAUCUUGAAGAGUUUUGCCGAUCUGUUUACGACAUGGUCUGUUUCACAGAAGAAGAAUGCGAUGAAAACGAAGACGGCUACAGCACAUGCCGCAGGCAGUAUAACGAGCUCAUGCAGAAGUACUUUUUUGAGAAAGGAGAGUUGCGGAGGCUGAUUGUUGAGAACUUCUACACGAUCAAGGAUGUGAACGCCAUAAGAAACGAGCUGAUCGUGUUUAUCAUGAGCGACUUCAAUCGACUGACGUACCACCACCUCAGCGACUACAGAAAUCGAAACGUCGAGGUGAUGCGUACGUUGAGCGAGAGCGAGCUGAAGCUCCUGAUCUCGUGCUGUCGAGCGAAGAUCCUAAACAAUGUUCUCCAGAUCAACUUCGACAUGGCGUUUGAUGAGUACUCAAGGAUGAUUCUCAGCGAGCGCCGUGACAUCCAGUCCCGGAUCCAGGUGGUCGGGAUGUCCUUGAAAGACUACGAGGGCUCAUACUUACUGAGCCGCGACGCGAUGCAAAUCUGCUGGGAACGGCUCUGCGACUUGGGGCUCCUUGAAAGACAGGCAGUGUCCUUCUACGGCAACAGUGCCCAUCUAACCGGUCAAAGAGGUCGCAAGGACGAUUCCUUCACCACCAGCACAGGCACGGGCUCUGGCCAGGCUGUGCGGACUCUCUCCACGAGCGCCCUCACAAAGGGUUCCAUCAACACCUCCAGCAGCUCCUUUUCUAGUGCCGCUGGUGCGAUCACCCCCAGCGGUGUUGCCGUCUGCGGCGUCGAACUCGAUGAUAUCGACCCAUCACUGAACGAACACGGAUACGAAAAGCUUUAUCAAGAAUAUCCAUUACGAUACACGAUGGAUCCAACCCACGCGCCGGACUUUCAACCCCCUUCGACCAACCCCGACGUGGAGCCAACAUUGCCGCCAACACUGAUACCUAACAGACGGCCUAUCCAGCCUCCUGUGCUGGCAGACUAUCUGAACCCAUUGGACAAGCCAAUUGAGCCGGAGGUCUCUAAGCACAAGUUGAUUGGUGCCGGCGGCGGGAUCAAGCACAAGAUUCCGAAACAGCCGACGGAGCUUGAACCAUUCAGCUCCAGCGAUGAAGCUGACGAGGACUCCCAUAGGAGGGACGAGAAUGACAGCCACGGCAACGAGGAUAGAUCCAGAAAGGAGAGAAGUCCGCAGUAUCACACUCUAGUGGAAGAGACAGUCUCCGAAUACGAGUCGAUCACAGUGACACCUCCACAGUCCGAGGCGGUGAUACCGCCCUCCGAUUCGGCCUCCUCGCAUCCGCCAACAGCGCAACGCACGCAUUCGUUUUUGAGUGACAAGGGGCCCAAGGUCCAUUCCUACCAAAUUGCAGACCUCGAGGAGGUUCCCCACGGCAUCCAAAGACAAUCCAAGAGUUUGGAAGGUUAUAGCUUCCCGACUCAUCGACUCAAGCCACAGAUGACCACAUCCAACAAGUUCCCAUUGGUGAUUGUCGCAUGUGGUUCUUUCUCGCCAAUUACAUACUUACAUUUACGUAUGUUCGAGAUGGCAUUGGAUGCCAUCCGUGAACAGACACGGUUCGAAGUUAUGGGAGCUUACUUCUCUCCCGUAAGUGAUAACUACCGCAAGCCUGGUCUUGCGCCGGCCCACCACCGUGUGCGCAUGUGCGAGCUUGCAUGCGAGCGGACAUCCUCGUGGUUGAUGGUGGAUGCAUGGGAAAACUUGCAGCCGAAAUACACUAGAACUGCCUUAGUGCUGGAUCACUUCAACGAAGAAAUUAAUAUCAAACGAAACGGAGUUUUAAGUAAAAAUGGGGACUCGAGAUUGGGUGUCAAAAUCAUGCUAUUAGCUGGCGGCGAUUUGAUCGAAAGCAUGGGAGAACCUAACGUUUGGGCGGAGCAAGAUCUGCAUCACAUUUUGGGUAAUUAUGGCUGCCUCAUUGUUGAAAGGACAGGCAGUGAUGUGAGGUCGUUCUUAUUGAGUCACGACAUCAUGUACGAACACAGGAAAAACAUUCUAGUCAUCAAACAACUAAUCUACAAUGAUAUCAGUUCUACGAAAGUUCGGUUAUUUUUGCGCAGAAAUAUGAGUGUUCAGUACUUGCUACCAAACAGUGUCAUCAGGUACAUCCAAGAGCACGGGCUUUAUGUCGAUGAGAAAGAACCUGUCAAGCUGGUACUCAACAAAUAG